GUAAAAAUAAAUCCAAAGGCAGUACAGCAUAGAACUUGUAACUGUUCGAAGCUAGUAAGAUGAAAUUAGCAUUAGACGUUACAAUCUGAAUUUAUUACAAUCUUUCGAAUAUCUAGACGUACACUUGGUGUUUUGGCUUUUAAAUUCAAAAGAUAUUCGCCGACGCCGACCGUUUCAUAUUUCAGAUAAAUUACAAUGAAUUUAUCAUCCUGGUCGAUUGUAAUUUUACAAACGCUCGUUGCGGGAAAUUGUCUGCCGAGUAAAAGUAGCGUAAACAGUACUUCUGAAGAUUCUACCAGGUGGGACGAUACUUUGGCCGAUAUAUCGUCAUGUUGCAUUCCCAGUCUCUCUAUAUAUAAUGGCAUGGAAAGUGAAUUGGGAGAAUUUCCUUCACUUGCAAUUUUGCAUUAUGUCAACUCGAACGGGUUCAGUACCUUCCCAUGUGGUGGGACAUUAAUUAAUAAGCAACACAUUCUGACUGCGGCUCAUUGCGUCACAGGAGCUAUACUCGAAAAAUCUGGAAAAUUACACAAAGUUCGUUUAGGUGAACAUGACUUGUCUCAAACUGUUUGCACAAAUGGAACGUGUAAUAAUGGAGUAAUAGAAAUGGACAUCGAAAAAAUUAUAAUCCAUAAAGGAUACGAUGAUAGAUCUAAAAUUCAUGAUAUAGCGCUAAUCCGUUUCUCCAAGGAAAUUGACAACUACGAGACGAAUAUUAGCCCGGUAUGUUUGCGUUGGAUUCCGCAGUCUCCAAACCCGGAAUUGCUACCAACUCAUAACUUUACGGCAGUAGGAUGGGGUCGAACGCUUGAUGCUAAGCGAAGCAAUGUAAGCAAUAAAUUAGAGAUUCCCUGGUAUCACCACGAAGACUGCAAACAGAGAUAUUCGAAAGUGAGAAUAAACAUAACGGACACACAAAUUUGUGCAGGUGGAAAAUUCAAAGAGGAUACUUGUGACGGAGAUUCUGGAGGUCCUCUUCUGUCAAAUAUUGAUGGAUGUGAUUAUUUGGAUGGUAUUGUGUCAUCUGGGAAAGGAUGCGGUUUAGAAGAUUGGCCAGGGAUCUAUACCAACGUCACAGCUCAUAAAGAUUGGAUAAUGGAAAAUUUGAAACUUUAAAUAUUGAAAAUCCAUGACGUUUUUGAGGAUCGUAUUGUUGAAUAUUCUUGUAUAUGAAAAAUCAAAAGGUUUUAAAAAGUAAAAUAAACUGAAUUUCGUAUGGAUAUAUGGGA